UUUGAAGUUGGAAGUUGGACCUGUCAUGGCCACGGAACAUAUGACAUUGUAAAAGUAAGGUUGUGUUCGCGGCAAAAGAAGACAAAACAAUGAAAACGAGUAUUUGAAAAAGGUGCGGCGAGGAAACUGAACAAAUCAAAUUAUUUUGAACUGUCUGGGAGAUAACGUAAUUUAUUGAUAAUGGUAUUAAAGGUCAUAGUAUACGACAAAUACGCCAGUAACAUUAGUUUUGUCUCGUGUUUGUUCGAAGCAGUUGUAUUUCUCUACUGUAUCGGCUUUUAUUUGAAUUAAAUUUGUUGAAUAUGUCGGAAAACGGUGUGGAAGGAAUUCGCAGGCGAACGAAAAGCGUCACGAGAGCCGAGGAAAUUCAAGCCGAAGAGAAAAAGGCCAGGAAAAGUCAACCCGACAAACCAUGCCACCAACCGAGAGACUCUCUAUUUUCCUGGAAUUCCGGUUUCGAUAAUUUCACCGGUUUCAUAAAUUGGGCAUUUCUUCUACUCUCUAUAGGAGGCGUAAGACUGCUACUCGAGAAUUUCUUAAAAUACGGAAUCAGAAUAGAUCCGAUCCAAUGGCUGUAUAUCCUAACUGGUUACGAUGAUCAAUCUGGAUCGGAGCAUCCAGCUUUAAUCCUUGCUAUAUAUUCAAACGUGCCUGUAAUUUUGUGCCUUUUAACCGAAAAGGGCCUAGCUACAGAAAUAAUACCAAACAAGACUGGGAUGUUUGUACACGUUAUUAACCUUUUAGUUUUAAUAUUACUUCCUAUGGCAGUGAUACACGUUAAAGAUACUUUCAGUUUGAUUGGCGCAUCCGCCGUCACCACUUUAUACAGCGUGUUGUUUUUGAAAUUGUGGUCGUACGUCCAAGUGAAUUCGUGGUGUAGAAUAGCCAGACAGAACCACAAGAGCAACUUGCGAAGACAAUCGUUGUCCUACAGCAACCUAAGAAAAGGCCCCAACAAUAGCAGCAGCAAGGAAGAAUCGACGGAAGACCUCAAACUGGCCCACUACCCGGAUAACCUCCACGUAAAAGACAUCUACUACUUCCUGCUGGCGCCGACGCUGUGCUACGAGCUGAACUUCCCGAAGACCGAUCGCAUUCGCAAGCGGUUCCUGUUCAAGCGCAUCGUAGAGGUGGUGCUGGGCGUGCAGUUGAUCCUGUGCAUCCUGCAGCAGUACAUGAUACCCACCAUAAAGAACUCGCUGAUACCGUUCAGCGUUUUGGACUACACCAAAAGCACCGAACGGUUGCUCAAAUUGGCGAUUCCUAAUCAUCUGGCGUGGUUGUGUAUGUUUUACAUCAUGUUCCAUUCGUGGUUGAAUCUGCUCGGGGAGGUGCUGCAUUUCGCCGAUAGGAGUUUCUACGGCGAUUGGUGGAACGCUAAUAAUAUUGAUACGUUCUGGAGGAACUGGAACUUGCCGGUGCACCGGUGGGCCUUGCGACAUCUCUAUUUCCCCAUGAUCGAUAUGGGUUAUAAUAAAGUCGUGGCUAGUACGGCGGUGUUUUUUAUCAGCGCUUUUUUCCACGAGUAUAUGGUGAGCGUUCCGUUAAAAACGUACAAAAUAUGGGCGUUCGGCGGCAUGAUGGCUCAAAUUCCCUUGUCUUUUGUGUCUAAAUCGAUCGAGAAGGCCUACGGUUCCAGGUUCGGUAACUUGGUGUUCUGGUCUUCGAUUAUAUUGGGACAACCGCUGUGCAUUAUGAUGUAUUAUCACGAUUAUAUCGUUGUUAAAUACGGUGAAUCGUUGUUAGAAGAGUAUUCUCAUCUUUAAUCAGGUAUGUUGAUUAGUGAACAUGAGUUACGAUAUGCCAGUGAUUGUUUGCUUAAAAAAACACAUUGUAAAUAUUAAAAAGAUGUGUUUAAUUGUAUUUACAUUGUUAUUAUGAAGUGUAUAUGUAUUGUUAUAUUUUAU